CUGGAAGAUGCAGAAAAAGAUGAAUUGCCAAAGAAAAAUGUGUCAUUUGAUGUCCCCAAACCAUUGAAACUUGCUCCACAGGUGAUACCAGAACCAUCUAAAAUGGUUCAAGCAAUUGUGGAGUUGAGAAGAGAUUCGAGACUACCACUUGCACAAAGGUUGAGACCUAAAACAUUGGAUGAUUUUUAUGGACAAGAGAAGUUAGUGGGGCCAAAUGGGUUGCUACGAAACAUAUUAAGGUCGCAGGAGAUUCCGUCUUUCAUCUUAUGGGGAGUUCCGGGAGUUGGUAAAACUACAUUGGCUAGAAUUAUAGCCAAUUCUACUGACUAUAGAUUUCUUGAACUUUCGGGCCCUACUGCCACAGCUGCAAAAUUGAGAGAAGCUUUUACUGCUGCAGAAAAUGACAGAAAACUCACUGGGAAAAAUACCUUGAUAUUUUUGGAUGAAAUUCAUCGGUUCAACAAAGCUCAGCAAGAUCUUCUCCUUCCUGUGAUCGAAAAGGGUAUAGUGACGGUUUUAGGUGCAACUACAGAAAAUCCUUCAUUCACUCUCAACAAUGCUCUCCUAUCCAGAAUGCAUACGUUUGUGAUGGAGUCUUUAGAUCACAAGGCUUUAGUGAGAAUCAUUCACAGAGGCUUAUACUUACUAAAUCAAACCAGAAAAUACGUUUUCCAUCUUCAUCUCAUUUCGUUGACUAAGGAUGCCACAGAUUAUAUAGCAGAUCUCGGAAGUGGAGAUGCCAGAGUGUCCUUGAACAUCCUAGAGUCGGUGAAUGCGUAUCUUUCGGGUACCAAGUUUCAACAUCUCGAGUCGGGGGAGGAAAAAAUUAACAGUUUGAACAAGUUAGGAGUGGUCAAGAUCGACAGGAGCGUUUUGGAGCCGUUGCUUUCAACUAGAAACUAUCAAAAGAUGUAUCAUCAUCACGGGGAAUCUCACUACGAUACAAUAAGUGCAUUCCACAAAUCUGUUAGAGGAUCUGAUCCUGAUGCAGCCAUCUUCUACCUUACUAAAAUGCUAGUUGGUGGUGAAGACCCAUUGUUCAUUGCCAGAAGAAUGAUCGUGAUAGCCAGCGAAGACAUCGGUUUAAGAGACAGUUCGUGUUUACCGUUUGCAGUGGCAGCCAAAGAUGCAUUGGAGUUCAUUGGAAUGCCAGAAGGUGAAAUAAUCUUAGCCCAUUGUGCUGUAAGGCUUGCAAAAGCUCCAAAGUCCACCAAAUCUUAUAGAGCCUUGAGAUCUGCCCAAAAUAUGUUUCAGGAGAACCCUGAUGCUACGUCCUACAAGAUACCGUUACAUUUGCGUAAUGCGCCGACCAAGCUUAUGAAAGAAAUGGGAUAUGGGGACACCUAUAGGUAUAAUCCAAGCUUUGAAAAUGGAAGAGUAUCCCAAGAGUAUAUGCCUGAGGAGCUUAAAGGAACGAAAUUUGUGGAUGAAAAGCACUUCCUCGAUGCGAGGGAUCCAGAACUCAGCGACAAGGACUAUUUGCAAGCUGAGGAAGACAGACUAGCUUAUCUUGAGUUCAAGAAACAGAGGAAACAAUUAAAGGAACAACUAAUCCAAAAAGUCAUAGACCAUGAUUGUAAACCCAUGGAGACAAAUGAGCACAAUGAUACUGGUGAUGUGGGAGAGAUCGCCACUACUUACCCUUACGACGAAUUUCUCAGUAGAGAAGAUCAACCGGAGUAUUUUGAUGGAAACGAGAAAGACCAAUACUCCGACGACCCGGACUGUCUGACGAACUUCGAGGAAAGCUACGAGUAUCUUCCACAUGAGGACACUAUCUGUGAUGAGGAAUUGAUAUUUGAAGAGGAUAAUGAUAUAACGAACACUGAAUAAUUUAAUGCACUUUAUUAAACUUAGGCAGACACGAUUUGUGAAAAUUGCAACUUUUGCUUAUCAUGAUGUCGCGCUAAAA